CAAUCGAAGUAUUUCACUCGUGAAAUAGCAAAAGCAAUUGCUAGUGAUUUAUUCAUACAUCUCCCAUUGUUGCAACACACCUGUUGCACAUCGUUGCACUCCAGCCAUUUGAAAAAAAAACAUCCUAAAAACAGUCAAAACCAACAACCCAUCAACAAUUUGAAAAGAGAAAAAAGCGAAUUUAGUCACGACCCGCACAAGAAGUGUUUUGAUCAAACUUUCUUACGUAAUAACAGAUGGUUUUGGUGUUUUGUUUCUCCCUAAACCCAAUUAGACAAUUAAUCCUUUUAACUAUUCCAACAGUGAAUUCGAUUGUUUACUAUCGACAAAAUUUAUUGAUAUUUACAGCUAUCGGGAAAACAUUACGGAAUAAAUUUCCAUAAAGCCUGUUCGUGCCACCUUUAGAGACUACUGUCAUUAAUUUUGAGCCAAAAUGAUAAGCGAAUUAACCAGUUAAAUACGGUGGCGCCUAUCGGCGACCGAAGCAGUUGAGAAGGAAAUUCAAAUUUGAAGGUUCCAUCGAAAUGUCUGUUUGGGUUUGGUUCCUGCUGAGCACGUUUUCGAUAGUAAGUUUUGGGCAAAAUUGGACCAGCGAUCAAUGUGACUUGAGCUGUUUUGAGUCUGGGCCUGCCGUUUUGAUCGAAGAUGGGUGCAUUUGUGGAACGACGAUGCCCGGUCUUUAUGGGUCCAGCUCGUUCGAUGCAUUUUUAGGAAUUCCAUUCGCGAAACCACCCGUUGGAGAGCUUCGAUUUGCGAAUCCGGUGCCGAAUGAUCCAUUUGAGGGAGUCUACAAUGCCAGUGUGGCCAAAGAUAUGUGCUUGCAGCGUAACGAUAUUACCCCUUGGGCGGUGUUGGAAGGCGAGGAGGAUUGUUUGUAUUUGAAUGUCUACAGGCCGAAAAAUGUUAGAGGAUUACUUCCGGUCAUGGUGUUUAUUCAUGGGGGAGGAUUCGUCGGAGGAAGUGCUCUUCCAGAGUUGAUUGGUCCCGAAAAAUUUAUGGAUACCAGGAAAGUGAUUUUCGUGGCCAUGCAGUACCGACUGGGAGUGUUGGGAUUUUUGUCAACGAACGACAAACAUGCAGCUGGAAAUUUCGGUUUCAAGGAUCAAAUCAUGGCUUUAAGGUGGGUUAGGAAGAAUAUUGGACAGUUUGGAGGAGACCCAUCUAGGAUUACCUUAUUUGGACAAAGCUCUGGCGCCAGCUCUGUGCAGCUGAUUAUGAUAAGUCCACUUGGUGAAGGUUUAUUUUCGAAGGCAAUAAUUCAAAGUGGAAGCGGAUUAUCUCAUUGGAGUCUGACUUCCGGAAAUCCUUUGGAGUUGGCUAGAAAACAAGCAGCUGUUUUGGGAAUCGAAUCCGUAAGUAACAUGAGCUCAGAAGAGUUGGUACAAAAGUUGCGCGGCGUCGAUGCCGGGGAGCUUGUUAAUAGCAUCCAGAAACUUAAAUAUUGGUAUAAACAUCCAAUAGUUUUGUACAGUGCUGUGGUAGAACAACAGGAGGAUGAGUGGAGUUUUCUACUGGAAGACCCCCGAAAGCUCUGGGCUGCAGGCAAAUAUGUGCAGAUCCCUUGGAUGACUGGAUACCUUCCAGAAGAAGGAGCUGUAAUGUCCCUUCAAAUACUUCCAAAUAAAACUAUGCUGACAGAAUUUAUAACUAACCAAAAAACUUUGGUUCCAAUGAUAGCUUCAGCUUCACCUGAAAUUUUGCCAUUUUUAAACGAACGAUUUUUUGAAGGAAAACCCAUCGAUAUAACAACAGCAAACGGAUUAACUAAGAUGAUUUCCGAGUCCGCUUUUCUGUACCCGAUGAUCCUGAGCGUACUCCAACAUCAGAAAAACGCAAAUCUACAAACGGCUCCAGUGUCGAUGUACCAUUUCAAUUUUCGAGGUCGAUUUUCUGUGGCUCCAUUUUAUACCGGACUGCCACCCACCGUUGAUUACGGAAUCGUCCAUGCCGAUGAGCUGCCCUACUUGUUCCGAAUUCCCGCGAAUCUGCCGGAUUUCCCACCCGACUCAUCGGAAGCAGCCAUGUCCCGGGAAGUAGUGAACCAUUGGGUUCAGUUUGCCCUAAACGGAGGGACAACCGAGGGACCACAGAAAAUAUUCUUCAACUGUAAACGGGAGCCUCUCGGUUGUUUGCCGACGAUUGAGUUUAGGAACUCGAACCAAACUGAGCGUGGAAUCGAGGUGGUUGAAUUGGGAGCUUCUGACGAAAGCAUCCAAUCACUUCGGGAAAUGUACAACUGGUGGUCCAAAAGAAACUUUUAAAUUAAAAACAAAAACUGUUUCAGAACUAAAGAUUUAGAAAAAAAAUGAGCUUAACAAAAUUUCUUUAAUUUAUUUAACUUGACCAGAUAACGAUUUUAAUUUAAAAAGAUUUUAAGAUAUCUUUUACUUGGAUGCUCUGAUAUAAAAAACUGGACUUUGUCGAUUUGGGUCAUUUUUGAAUUUUUCAAACCCUGAGGUCUAAAAUGCUUUGUUUUGGUUCAAACUCAUACAUAAUUUUCUCAGAAUUUUCAAGUAACGUUUACAUGAGUAAAUUUAAGCUUAAAGGUUUGAAUGCGAAAAUUGAAUAUAUUGUAUUGAAAAAUCAAUAUCAUUUUUAUUUUUUUUCUGUGGAACCGA